GGCGCCUCAGUCGUUCUCCGGAGCGUAACCUGUUAGCAUUGUUUCUGUUUGCUUUCCUUUUUCCCAAACAGAAUUCGUUCUCGUGUAAAAUACAUUUUUAUAUUAAUUAUAUUUAUUAACCAAUACCGUGUAUAACGCAAUAUCGCAUUAUAACAGUGUUUCAUUUAAUUCUUAUUUCAUCGUCUUUUUCUUGAAAGAAACGAGUCGGAUCAGAUCGGAAAUCGGGAUAACCGUUACCGAAAGUCCUCGAUCUGCUACGAGUGAGUCGAGUGAUCACGUCCGGGUUGACGAACCCUCUACCUCGUCGUCGUCCCACGGAUACGCACAUUGUGUUUCUAUACGAACAACGAAUGUACUCCUCGUGAAAUUCUUUAUUUUUUUUCUCUAUCUCUCUCUUUUUUUCCGCAACGUGUCACUGUUCUUUACGCGAAGAGAGUUCGUUAAGCAAAGAAGAGAAGGCAGCACACCAUCUUAAAGAAACGAAGAAAAAGAUAAGCAAGGGUAGGGAGAAAAGAAGCGAAGGGAUCGAGUUACGAGGAAUCGAUGCGUCGUCGAUAUCGUGACGUCGAACACACCGAGUCGUCGAAGUCAUGUUUUCCAAGUUUGUCCCUUUUUCUACGUCCUUUGGCAAACGAAGAAGAGAACAUUAAGGAUCAAGAUAAUUCUUAAGAUAUUUGAGAUAUAUCGAUGAUAGGUGAACCUUUAAAACGGGAAGUCGCUAUAUUGGAGAGGAAGAGGGAAAGCGGCGUGCCGCUCUUCUGUGUGCCGCGGCAGAGGCGAUCGUCACAGCCGGAAAACAAUGACGAAAUGAUCGCGAGUCUGCCGAUAAAUAGCGGCGGCAGUGGAGGGCCGGUGAGCCGCGUGGGCCGUGGACUGGCCCUUCACAGAUCCAAUUCAAGUUUAGAACUACCUCACAGUCCUGAUCCCGCUUCUCGAGUGCCAGAGACACCCCUCAGAAGGGAGUAUGGAUCUCACGGCAGCAUCGACGUAGUGGCUCAAUCAGUUGCAGUCGGCGAGAACAUCUUUGCGAUGCUUCAAGAUUUUCGGCCAACGGAUCAAAGAAGUCCAGUAAGCGCCGAUUAUCUAAGACGUGUUCAGGAUACACAGUCGGCGCAGGACACUGACGAAGUCUGUGGACCAACCGGUAGCGGUUCCAGUCCGAAAUUACGAUUGAAGUUGAAUAGAUUUUGGGGUGGUAAAUCUCCUCGUGCUAUGGAAGAGACUUGUGGUAGCCCAGUCGUAUCGGCUGACGUCGAAGAACGACAUCGUAGACGAGCCUUUGCUCAUUAUGAUUGUCAAUCGCUUACGGCUAAUCUCGGUUAUGCUGCUAAAUUGAGAGGUAUACUUUUAGCAAGAAGAAGAAAUACGGCAACUGGUGCCUCAGCUGCGAGCACUUUACGAGCCUCAACUCCAGAUGAGACUCCUGAAGAAGAUGCUGGAGAUGGAAAAGGCAACGACCUUUUGGAAUCGUGUCCCUUCUUCCGGAAUGAGAUUGGCGGUGAAGGGGAACGCGAAGUUGGCCUUACUCGUUGUCCACACGUUAAUGGAGUUCAUAGGCCGGCAUUAUCUUAUGGUGUCUCGGUUUUGGAACCUUUACCCUGUGAAACAUUAUGGAAACACACAUGUCCGGUACAAAAACGACCACUACCGAUCGAAAGCGUCGACGAGGGUGCUCAUUAUUAUCGAAAAUAUUUCUUAGGUCGAGAACAUCAAAAUUGGUUUGGUAUGGACGAACAAUUAGGUCCAGUGGCCAUCAGUAUUCGUAAAGACGUUAAUCAAUAUCGAAUAAUCGUAAGAACAUCAGAACUGUUAACUUUACGUGGUUCAGUGCCUGAAGAAGCACUAGGUAUAAGGCCCCAAGGUAGAGUACCAACAAGAGAACUUCUGGAGUUGGUCGCACCGGAAGUACAAUUAGGCUGUCUCAGACUUGGAACGGCUGCCGCUGAAGAAGCUGUCGCAAGGUUGGAUGAGCAGGGUCUUUCUAGUAGGUACAAGGUCGGCGUGUUAUACUGUAGAUCAGGUCAAAGGACAGAGGAAGAGAUGUACAAUAAUCAGCAUGCUGGACCAGCGUUUCUCGAAUUUCUGGAUACAAUCGGCCAAAGAAUAAGACUGCGAGGAUUCGAGGGUUAUAAAGCUGGUUUAGAUACUCGAACAGACUCAACGGGUACUCAUGCAGUAGCUGCGACUCAUCGGGGAGCGGAAGUUACGUUUCACGUGUCAACGAUGCUACCCUUUACGCCGAAUAACCGGCAGCAGCUGUUAAGGAAGAGACACAUUGGGAACGACAUAGUAACAAUAGUCUUUCAGGAACCCGGAGCUCUACCGUUCAGUCCACGCAGAAUACGUUCGCAAUUUCAGCACGUGUUCAUCGUGAUAAAAGCCAUUAAUCCUUGCACGGACAAUACGCAAUACAGCGUAGCUGUUUCUAGAAGUAAAGAGGUGCCUAUAUUCGGACCACCUGUUCCAUCAGGAGCAACCUUUACAAAGGGAAAAGCUUUUGCAGAUUUCAUUCUAGCGAAAGUAAUUAAUGCCGAAAAUGCAGCACACAGAUCAGAAAAGUUUGCUACAAUGGCGACAAGAACAAGACAGGAAUAUUUGAAAGAUUUGGCGACUAAUUAUUCUUCUGCCACGGUUGUCGAUACUGGUCAAAAGUUUUCGAUGCUGUCUUUCAGCAGUAAAAAGAAGGCAAAUGUUAGACCAAGAUUAUCUUGUGACGCGUCCCAGCGUGGUGCGAUUUGUUGGCAGGUCAUUCUUGAGGAUAGUAACCAAAACACCGAUUGCUAUCUUGGAAUAAGCAUUGAUACUAUCGUACUGAUCGAAGAACAUUCACGACAAAUCGUCUUUGUAACUCCUUGCGUCAGCGUUCUUGGCUGGCAUGCUCAAACCAAUAGUCUGAGAUUGUAUUAUCAUCAAGGCGAGUGUAUAACGAUCCAUGUGCGCGGCGAUUACGGUGAACGCGACGAACUGAUGGAAAUAGUCGCACGAUUGCGAGCGGUGACGCAAGGAGCACCAGCAUCUGAACUUUCUCUCAAAAGAAACGGCCUCGGACAAUUGGGUUUCCAUGUACAGCCGGACGGUGUAGUGACUCAGGUCGAAGCUAUGGGACUUUCGUGGCAAGCUGGUCUUCGGCAGGGCUCGAGACUCGUUGAGAUUUGUAAGGUGGCUGUGUCAACGUUGACCCACGAUCAGAUGAUUGAUCUUUUAAAAACUAGCGUUCAAGUCACUGUCACUGUAAUACCACCCACGAAUGACGGCAAUCCUAGAAGAGGAUGCCCACUACAAAAUUGUCAACAUCUAUCGAACAAUUACGAAGGUGAUUAUGAAAACGUAACCAACCCGGACAACACACCGACUCAACAAAUUGCCAUGUCACAUCAAAGACGAUAUGAUCGAUCUUUUAGCCCACCUAGAUCCAGUAAUAGUUCAGGAUACGGAACAGGUUCGAGUUCUAGAUCGUUUAAUGAUCCUAGAUUUCCAUUAGAGGGUACAAUGACCAGCAGUAGCAGUGGACACAGUAGUACCGAUGAUCGUUGGUACGAAUUGUUGGAACCACAGGAUCAGGAUAGCAAUGGACAUCGUACAGAUGGCACACCACCACCACCAUUACCAGCAAGACAAAAUUAUCAAGCUCUAACACCUAACAAAGCAAUAACGGGACAAAAGAAAGAGAAAGAAAGUCAUUACGCGAGUAGCAAACAAUUUGCUGACAAUUCGAAACAUCACAAUCACGAUCACUACGCCAAAGAAAGUAGUUAUGUGUCAGCUAAAGUUAUUCAAGAGAAUGUAAGACACGAGAAUUAUCAGAGACACCUGGACAACACUCAUCGGAAUCAAGAUCACGUAACGUCGAAUUACGUGAAGCUGCAGAAAGAGAAAUUUGAGAUCAAACAGGAGAAUCUCUAUGCGUCACAAAGAGAUCUCUUGAAGAAUGAUUAUCAGCAUCACUCUACUCAUCAGAAACUCAGUGCUUCCAAUUCCUUACCAUUGGCUCAAAACGCGAGUUAUAGUCUUCCCAAAUCUGCCAGUAACAAUAAUCUCAUACGAUUCAACGAAUUCGAUCAGACAGGUUCAAAGUACGAGUACGAAAAUAAACUGGAUAGAACAUCGAAGUACGAGAUUCAGGAAGAGAAACUUCUAGACCGAAACACUAACAAGUACGAUCAGGAAACACGUAAUGACAUACGUAACGAUAUACGUAAUGAGAAACGUGCCACGAUAGGUUACGAGUAUUCAGAAGAUUCCUAUGAAAAAAGGAACAGCAAGUACGACAUUGAAAUCACAAAAUAUGAUUUAGAAGCCAUACAACAGAAUAAUGAUAGAAAACAUAAUAAUAACGAGAAUAAUGAUCACAAUAGAGAGCCAAUUAGAUAUGAGAUGCCUCAUGAGUUCAAGGUCGGUGAAAAAGUGACCUGUUUGAAAACGACUAUGUCUGAACGUCCAGUUCCGCAUAAGGUCAACGUCGAAUAUAGACAGACAAAGGACUUUGCAGCGAGUCUUCCACCGGAAGUUAGGAUUCCUGAAAGCAAUUGCAUUGAAGUGACAACUCUACCUAGCGAAGACGAACUGUCCAAUGGUUCAGGAAGCAUUUCACCGAGAUUAAGAAGAGCAAACAAGCAUCGAACUGGUAAUUUAACACCUUCGAGUGGCAGCUCGAGAAAUCAAAGUCCUCGUCCGAAACCAGGUGUUAGAAAUUCUCAUCGAAAUUCAGCUAAUCUCACGUCAAGUACGUUGCAGGAGGAUCUGAUGAAACUGAUUAAUCCUGAUUACAUAGCUGAUGAUAGUCAGCUAACAAAUAAUAAUAUAUCGAAUAGCAUUAUGAGCACUAAUCAGAAUUCUAAUAAGAUAAAUAACAAUAUGCUGGAGAUUCAGAACAGAUGUAGGUCCAGAGAAAAUCUUUGCGGUAACAGUACUUCGACGUUAAGCGUUUUACCUGCUAAUGGACAGGACAAUGGUAAUAAUGGUUCCGAAGUUAUUUUAACGAUGGCUAGGCCAGCCACUGUUAUUUCGAAUGCUAGCACAGCAUCUAGUCCAGCACCAAGCGAAAACAAAUUGUCCAAGGAAGAAAGAUUAUCACCACGCGUUACAAAAUCACCACACUCGAUGUCAAAACCCACAAACAAUUUAACAUCCACCAAAGACGCGAAGACACACGUAGACGAUGACGUAGACUGUUGGCAGAAUCAUCAUGUAGAUUCAAAUAAUAAAACAUCGAACCAGCAUCCUCAAGAAUGGACCGAUGAUAGGAUCAUUGAUGGCUGUAAUACCAUUGCAAAUUCUGUCUCCGACUUGCAAUCUCAUCUCUCGACUCUCGAGCUGAGAGUAGCUAGGGAAACACGACGUCGUCUCUCAUUAGAAGAUGAAGUUCGUCGUUUGAGAGACGAAAAUCGACGGUUGCAGGACGAGAGCCAUGCUGCUGCUCAACAACUUCGUCGCUUCACUGAAUGGUUUUUUCAAACGAUAGAUCAUCAGUAAAAAAAAGAAAAUCAAAACAUUUAAUUAUAUAAGAUUUUCAGCAGAUACAAUUAACAGCCGAGGAUCUUCAGUCUCGUUAAAUCGAGACAAUAUCGGAUCUUAAAACAAAACGUCACGAGUUCGAUCAAAUUUUCUUUCUCUCGAUAUAUCCGUGUUGUUUUCAUAUUAUAAUCAUUAAGCUCGAUCUAGAGAGAGCAUAAUAAUCGAUCAUAAGUGCAGUAUUAAUAUCUAGAAUUGUCCUAUUUGGACAAUUGUCCUAUUUGGACAAUACGUCGAUGUUCGAAACUUUUCUUUUAGUACAUACAAUAUACAGUAUAAGGAUAAAAAUAGUUCAACGUGCACGUUCGAAAAAGAAAACUAGAUCAGGGAGAAGAAGCAUCUUUUGAGUAUAGUGUCAAAAGAAUUUCCCACCUGCAUGUACCAUAUUAAACUCGUUAGAUUAACUUAGUAAAUGUAAGAUACGUUACCACCAUACUGUACUUUGAGAAGAUAUUGCCAAGUAUGUUCUUAAUAUGUCUAGCUAAAAAGGAUAUUAUAUCGAGAAAAUUAAAAGGAAUAGAAGAGAAAGAAAAGACAAAAAUAAAAACGUUCGGCAAAAAUUUCAAAUAAAUAAGAAGAAAAAGAAGAAUAGAGUGCAUUGAUUAAAAGUGGUAAGUACUUUUAUUUGAAGACGCACGCUAAACAAACAUCGUAAACAUGUAAGAGUUUAAAGGGCGACCAAAAGACCAAAUAUUCCUAGUGUACUAAGGAUUUACCGUAUAAUGUAACUGUAAUUUAUUACAUAUUUUAUAUACCCUUACAUUUUAACAUAAAACACGCAAAUUAAAAAGGAAGUAAUCAUCAUCGAGUGGAAUAUUACGAGAUCAUUCCGAAGUUAUCGACAAUCUUUUCUUUUUUUUUGUUUCCUGCGUGAUCAUUCUAUAGCCAUCAUUAGAUGAACGUUCUUAUGAUACGAUUUCUUUGUAAUGUACGGAGACGAGGUUCGUCGAAAAAAAUAAUCUAUAAGUCAGCGAAUAAAAAUCAAUACGUAUUCGAAGAAACAGCCUUUCCUUUAGUUUUUCCAAGGAUAAAGAAAGAUAUGUAUAUUCUAUAUAUGCGCGCAUUCACAGCAUGCACAUAGUAUAUAUACACAUAUAUACACAUAUUGGUUCUUGUAAUGAUACCAUGAUUUUUUAAGCACUUAUGAUAAUCUGAUAAAAAAAGAUCAUAAACAGAAAUUUAAGAAUUUUUAAUCGUCAAUAAAUUAUAAUAAUAAUUAUUUGUUAAAUACCUUUUUUCAUAAAAAAGUAAGAUCACCUUAGUCAUUUUUAAAAUAGAAACAUUGUAUUACAGUAAUAAUAUAAAAUAUAGUAAAAGUAAUUCAAUGAGUACAGACAAUUUGUGAGUGUGUGUGUGUGUAUAUAUAUAUAUAUAUAUAAAAUGUAUAUAUAUAUGUAUAUAUAUAUAUAUAUAUAUAUAUAUAAAAGAAAGAGAGUUUAUUUCGACAGAAACAUAAAAGAAGAGAAAAAGGAAAAAGAUUACCCAUAGGCACAGCAAAGUUAGAAUAAAAUAGUUUAUUGUAAUCCACAGAAAAAAACAAGACAUUUCUACGAUGCCUUUUAAAACUCACUGUUCUAUCAGUCAACAAUAGCUGCGUUUACAUUUUUCUGAUUCGUCCUGUAUGUAUGUACCAACACGGAAUAUCGAGGUGAGUAAUAUAAUAUCAUAUUAAUAAUGUGUACUCUUCUCUCUUUUUUAUUUCUUUCUUUUGAUCUUAUUAUUUUCAAAUGACACUCUUAAAGAUAACAUCUAUUAAUUUUUGUCGACAAUCGUAAGAUUGUCGAAAGAGAAAGAGAAAGAGGAGACGAGAGAGGGAGAGAGAAAGAGAGAGAAAAUCAGAAAAAAGUCAUUCUCGUGCGAUAUUCCGAUUCGAUGACGAUAAAUAUUAAAUCUUUAAACAUGGAGAAUAUAAUAAUUAUUUCGAUCUCCUUUGUCCCCGCAUUUCAUUUUGUUUUUGUUAUUUUUAUUUUAAUUUUUUGUUUCUUAUCUCUUCCCCUUGGUUUUAAGAAUAUACAAGAUAUAUGUUGUAAUUUUCGAUAAACCAAACAUAAAAAUGCUUCCGCGAAUUAUUUAUAUCUAAUGCGAUUAGUAAGCACGCAAAAUACUGUUUCCAAUAUUAAUAUGGAAUUCGAGCUUCGUUCGUAUGCUUUGAACGUUUUCGUUUAUUUAUAUAUUUUUUUGUUUCUUUCAUUUUUUCUUAAAUUUAUAAAUUUUUUAUAUUUUCCUUCGAAUCAGUAUCUCGCACACCUCCCUUUCCCAUUUAUUUUUCAUAGUUUUAAGUAUCGCCAAUAUAUUUGAUACAUUUCAAAUAAAUCCGUUCGAAAGCAUUAACGAAAUCUUUCACAAUCUUUUUUUUGUUUUUAAGUACAUGCGAAAGUAUAUGUAUACGUGUAUGUA